GGAAUAUUAUACGCCUCCAUUAUAUAACGAAUGAUACCAGCGUCUGCUACUGAUUUAAAUAGCUACAAGGCUAAAAUUCUCUGUUGUAAACGCAGAUUGCUCUCGCCCUGGAGUGAGACUAAUUCCUUCUAACAAAUGGCAACCAAAUGGGGAAUUGCCAGUGCUGGCAAAAUCAGUCAUGAUUUUGUUACUGCACUGAGCACUCUACCACAGGAAGAGCAUAGAGUAGUGGCUGUUGCUGCUAGGGAGCUGAAGAGAGCUCAAGAUUUUGCAAAGCACCAUUCUAUUCCAACUGCAUAUGGUUCAUACGAAGAACUUGCGAAAGAUCCCAAUAUUGAUGUGAUUUACAUUGGAACCAUCCAGUCACAGCAUCUUGAAGUUGGAAAACUGAUGUUGAAUAAUGGAAAGCCUAUACUCUGUGAAAAGCCGUUGACUUUGAACUUAAAAGAAACAACUGAGUUGAUAUCAUUAGCAAAGCGGAAAGGGUUAUUUAUGAUGGAAGCAGUCUGGUCUCGUUUCUUCCCUGCAUAUAGCAUGCUGAAGAAAGAAAUAGAAUCAGGUAGCAUAGGUGAAGUCAUUCAAGUGAUGGCAAAUUUUGGGUUUCCUAUAGAAGACUUGGAGCGUAUAAGACUGCGAGAAUUUGGGGGUGGCAGCAUCCUUGACCUGGGAGUUUAUUGUCUGCAGUUUGCUUUAUUCAUAUUUGGACCUGUGCAUCCGAAAGAGAUUGUAGCUGCAGGGGAGUUAAAUGAAAAUGGAUGUGACAGGAACAUGGCCUGUGUUUUAAAAUAUGAAGGUGGUAAAACUGCAGUUCUUAGUUCAAAUGCUCGUGUAACUCUUCCAAAUGAAGCUUACAUAGUUGGGACCAAAGGCAGUAUAAAAUUGCCGAGCUUCUGGUGUCCUACAAGUUUAUCAACACCAGAAAAGAACUAUGAUUUCAUUUUGCCAACAGCAUCAAAACCUUUUAAUUUCAACAACAGUGCAGGUUUACGCUAUGAAGCUAUGGAAGUUCGAAAGUGCCUGAAAGAAGGGUUGUUGGAGAGUCCCAAAAUGACUCAUGCAGAGAGUUUACUUCUGGCUGAAUUAGAAGACAAACUGAGACACAUAAUAGGAGUGAAAUUUGAUCAAGAUGAUUAGAAAACCUUGUCGUUUGUAUAGUGAUUGACUAAUGAUAUUUCAUAUUGUAUAAUUGUGCUCCUUAGUGGAAAAAAUAUGAGUAUGAAACAGUAUAUUGUAUGUUUCAUAUAAAGUGAUGUUUUGCAUACAUUUUUGCAGACAAGAUAAGGCUUCAGAAAAUCAAAUAGAAAUUUUUCUCCCUCCCCCCUACCAUGCCCACCCACCAUCAUCUCCACCCCACCCCCAACCCUCAGCUGUGUAUCCUGCAUAUUCUAGUGAGCAGUUGUGACAACAAAUUUAAUGUAACAAACAGUUUACUGUAAUGAUUGAUUGUUUUUCAUAUUAGGGUACCCAGAGUCAUACCAUUAGAGGCAUUACAAAAUUAAAAUGCACAGAAUGAAGUCUUCUGAAUGUAACCAUAUGAUUGCAGGAUAGUAUGCUGCAGCUGUGUUCUUGGCUUUGCUGUCCACAGCUUGUUUCUUGUCAGUUCCAAAUACUCAUCGUCCUAUUGCCACAUCAGAGAUCUGCUUGACAGUGCGAGUUCAACAUGUAGGGGAAUAGUGCAGCAAAUUGAACUUAAAGCUUCCUUGGUUGCAGUAUUGCAAAUCAUUUGCCCCCCAGCACUCAAAUAGCCUGAUAAUGUAGUGACCCAACUUUCCCCUGAUUUUGACCUAAAGCAUAUUCUAGAUGUUUUGGAUUGGUUUACCUGCUGGAUGCCUCAGCAGAAUUGCCAUCACAGUAUUUUGGCAAUAAAAAUAGAUCAGGGAUUGUUGUACCUAGUCACAUGUCAUCUACUCCUGUGUCCUCAAGGUCGCAAAAUAUUUGGUAGCAUUAGGAGAUGCAAAUUCUGAGCAUACAUUUGUGAAAAUGAUAGAGCAGCUAACUACAUCCCUAUCUUUUCCACAUUGUUUUGCAUCAUCUUAAAUUGUAAUGCUUGCUUAGAUAUCAUAAAAAUUGUCUUUAGGUGCGUAAACUAAAACACAAAUCCUUAGGCUCAAUUCCCGCAUGGGAUGCAGAUGGGAUGUGACAACUCUCACUGAAGUGGUGCUGUCACAAAGCUGUGAGAUGGUUGUGCUACAAAUGGAUCAGAAUGUGUUGUUCAUAUGGAUAUAUUGAUUCAGUGGAAUUUUUGUAACUCACAAAUCUUGAGCAGCAAAGAAGAUAUUGGGUACAUCUGUUAUGGUUGAAAAAAAAAAAAAAAGGAAGAAAAUGGCACAUUCAACGUAAUGAAAAAGCUGAACACAUAUCCCACAUGUUUCCAGCUUUUUUACAGAAUGUCUCAAAAGUGUUUGCUUAUUACAGUAAAUAAUGAGAAAGAUAGCAUUCAGAAAAAGGCAAUAAAACUGGAACAUUUUGAUCCUAUUUCUUAUUUUUCAUAUGAUAUUCAUUUGAGCAUAAGCCUAAAUAUUGCUGAUUGUGCGAGAGAUGCUCAAAAUGUUGGAACACUUCUCCAAAAUAUGGUCAUCUGUUUGUAGAACUUAAAUUCCUUGUUACAUGGCUUACCUUUACUACCAUGUGACAUAGAUUUUGCCCUUAUAGAGAGGAACAAAAUAUCCUUUCACCCAGAAAACUGGUUUCCAGUCAUUUUCAACAUCAAAGGCUAUGGAUUCCUUCUGUGCAAGAUGAAACCAGAGUAUUUCAGAGAUCUUAACACACUACUUCUCAGGUUGCACAGAGGCUCAUUCUAUAUAACUGAUAUGUCUGGCUACACAUUUCAUCUGACUACCAUACAACACUAAGGGGAAGGAGAAUGGUUAAUUCUCAGCAACCAUGGAUUCGUCAAAGCAUUGCAGACAAGCCAGGAGGUACUGGGAAAAAAAAUCUUCCACUAGAUAACAUUAGUUUAUGUAUCUUGUGUGAUAAAAUUCUGCCAGUAAAAAGUGCCUAGGAAAAGUCCUUACUUGACAUUUGUCAGUAUAUGCCAACCAAAAGAUGAAUUUCUGUGAACAAGUACCAAGGGAAUAGUGGAUUUACAUGUCUGUCUGGCAAAACCAAUUGGUUGAGGACAGAGAAUGUAAUGCUUGACUGUACAUGUUUAGUGUAAUUGCAACAGGAAUAAUGUUAAAUUUUUCUCUGCCUUCUGCUGCUACUGCUUGUGAAGAUUUUUAAUGUAGUAAACCUUGUGUGUUUUGACUUGGGUUGUUGUACUUUCUCAAAAUAAAGUUUCUAUUUCUGGAAUAAAUAACACAGAAAAACCAGUGUUUUAGCAGCACAAUGUUGUAACUACACAGAUUCAACAUUGUUUGUCCAUGAAAAUAAAAAAAGAUAGUGCUAUUUUCUAAAAAAGAACAAGUACUUGUGUUAUUUUUCAAGAAAUAUGCAAAAAUAAUGUUUUACGUAACAAAUAUGUAAACAUAAAAUAAGUAGGCAUAAAAUAUCCAGAAUACACAGUACUUUAGCUGCAGCAAUAGGAAAAUCCUAUUUAUCAUUCAUUGCUCUCUGGGAUACAUGCCAUUUGUUUGGCAAUAUGUAAACAAAAGCGGUUAUUGAAUGUGCCAUUAAUGAACUUGUUAGCUGUGUACUGUAUACAUAAAUUUUUCUUGUCUACACUAACUCUGCUGCUGGAUCUGUGGUUUUCUACCUAUAGUUUUAAAAUAAAAAUAAUUCCUAAAGUAAUAUUAAGUUAAAAUAUGACUGUAACUGACUUCAUAAACCACAUACAAAAGAGAAGUUUAAACCAAAAAUUUGUGUAGUGUGCGACCAUAAUAUGUCAAGUGUUGCAUGUCGUAGCUCCUCGCAACCAAACAUCAAUUUAUAUCGCUUAUUUACUCGGGACUGAAAAGAUGUAUCACUCUCCUUCCAUCAUUAAAAACAAUUUCAAUAUG